AGUCGAGAGACAAAAAGGAGUGUUCUCUCUUGCGAAAAGCACACAAGAAAGGAGAGCUAGAGAGAGCGAGAGCGAGCGAGAGAGAGAGAUGGAUAAGACGGAAGGCUCGGUGCAAAACGUUGGCAAUCUCUUCAGGAGGAACAGGAGUAGUGUUCGCACAGCGAUGAUGUGGACUUUUGGAGCUGGGGGUUUGCUGUGGCUGCUCUACACGGUGGAGCCAUUCAAGUCCAAAAUGGAGCCGUACAACUACCGUGGCUCUAGAGUUCCCACUGUCCCGAAAACCGGUAGCGAGGCCGGGUCGGCGGUGGCCCAUCCAAAGUCUUGAUGUAAAGGCGCUUUAAAAUGGUCUAGAUAGAUGAUUAGCAGAGCUCUUCUUCUUCUUCCUCGGUGUAGGUCUAGCGAUCGCCACGAUUCUUUCUUCUUGCUUGCGCGGCGAUGCUGCCAUUACGCGUCGCGGCUGCGUCGCUGCACGGACUUGGCGCAGGUGGAGGAGCUCCAGGCGGAGCUCCUUCGCCUGGAUGGCAGCGAUCGCGGCACUUUCGUCGGGAAUCACCUCGUCCAGAUGUUUGGCAAGCUGGGGCGCCUCGAUCAGGCGUGGCAGGCGUUUGCCAGGAUCCGGCAGCCCAAUGUCUUCUCCUGGAACGCGAUUCUUGCCGCGGCUGUGCGGCACGGGGAUCUUCAGCGCGCGCAGGGUGUUUUUGACAGGAUGCCGGAGAGAGAUGUAGUCUCCUGGACCGCUCUCAUCGCCGGAUCCUCGCAGAGCGGCGAUCCGGAGCUUGCUGUAGAGAUGUUCUCGAGAAUGCAGGCCCAGGGCGUCGUCCCCGAUCGCGCGGCCUUUCUCAGCGCACUGGACGCGAUCUCUCUCGCGCAGGCGCUCGAGUCUGGGAUCUCGGUCCACGGAGCGAUUGCUCGCCUGCGGCUGGAAUCCGAUGCCUUGAUUGGGAGCGCGCUUAUAAACAUGUAUGGGAAGUGCCAGGACGUGGCCCAUGCAAAGGUGGUAUUCGAUUCGAUGGAGCGGCGCAACGUUGUGGCCUGGACAGCGAUCGUCGCAGCAAAUGCCCAGAAUGGGCGUGUUCUUGACGCCAAGUUCUUGUUCGAGAAGAUGCCGCAGCAAGACAUCGUCUCUUGGAACUCUAUGAUCUCGGGCAUGGGGAAGAACCAGUAUAACAGGGAAGCUCUGGAUCUCUUCCACGCCAUGGAAGCCAUAGCCAUGCUGCCGGAGAAGAGCACGCUCGUGAGCGCCAUCGACGCCUGUGCGAAUCUACCAUCUCUAGCCGAGGGCCGACGAAUCCACUCCAGGAUAGACGAGACGAUGUUGGAAUCCGAUAGGGAGAUCCAGAACGCGCUUGUCAACAUGUACGGGAGGUGUGGCGACUUGGAAACGGCGAGAGCGCUUUUCGAUCGAAUGCGAGACAAGAAUGUGAUUUCGUGGACUUCGGUGAUCGCGGCGUAUGCCCACCACGGGCAUAGCCGCGCAGCGCUUGAGCUGUUCUACGAGAUGGCCUGCGAGGGGCAAGCCCCCAACGAGAUCACGCUCGCCACCCUCCUCUACGCUUGCAACUACACGGGACGGAUCAACGAUGGUGUCUACUACUUCAUGUUCCUCCACCUCGAGUUUGGGAUCCCAGCGACGCGGGAGCACUUCGUGUGGCUGAUUGACGUGCUUGGGCGAUGCGGGCAGCUCGAGAAAGCCGAGGAGCUGCUCAGGAGCAUGCCGUUUGAGCCGCAGCCGCUCGCCUGGCGGAUGCUCCUGGGAGCUUGUCAAUCCCACAAGGAUGUCGAGAGAGGUGAGCGGCUGGCUCGCCAUCUAUUUGCCACAAACUCUGUCCGCUCGUCACCGUACGUGGUGCUCUCUAACAUUUUCCUCUCGAGCUCAGCGUCAUAGGAGACGGCAAAGUCUUUCAGGAGCUCAAACAAGUUUCUUUACGAACCAAACAUCCUUUUUGGUGGUGGUAGAAGUUCUUACAACAUGUGUACAAGAACGAGUCAUCAACGAGAGAGCUUACACCUUUGGGAUC